AUGGACGUUCUAGAGCCAUGGCUGGCGGCCACUAUAGAGGGAGAGCUGGGUGAGGCGUUACGUCAUAAGGAGGAAGGCGCAAACAAACAUCCAUCGAUUGGGCAGCCCCGAGGGCUAUCGUAUGAUGAUGGCAGUAAUCUGAGGAUAACAUCUACAAAAAAGGGACCCGUUGUUCAGAUCACUAAGUUCUUGACCUUCGACGAGCCUAUACAAGUCACACUUUCUGACAGCGUUAUACGUGUCAAUGCUUCCAUCACCAAUCAGGCGUCUCAGAGAUACGCUAAGAAGAACAAAAGAAAUCUUACAGAGGGAACCGUUGGAGGCCUCAUACAACUGCACGACUUCGAGAUUGUCGCAACACAUCUUGGUCCAAGAGAUAAAAGGCUUACGCUCUAUGUCAAAGAAUUCAAGAGCAUUGGCUCGGACGGAUCUGGUAACUUUGGGGUCGCCCCUCAGGCUAUUGAGAGCAGGGAGGGGACAAAGGAGCUUUUGAACAAGCUAGCAGACUUGCGAAGACACGGACCGGACGCACACUCCCACCAGUCAGCCGCUGCGUCACCAAUCAGGUCUCAGCCCUGCACACAGACCUCCGACGCAGGGGAGAAUCAGGGUAGCCAGAUAGGCUUUGCAACUCAGGCACCUCGCUCUAACGCGUCUGUUGUUAGCAAGCCCAAGCCAUCAGAUCCAACUACCGGUAUCAACAUAGGCUCUAUCUCCAGUGCAAACAGUGUCAAGUCAUUACCUCCACCAACAAAGAGAAAAUACGGGAGUUCUUUAGCGACUUCUUUGAGUCCCCUUCAAGUGCAGGCAACCCCUCAGAGACCAAGUGUUAAUAGCACCAAAGCUCUCUUAGGCCUACUCCAACAUCAUAAGCGUACUCUACCGGUACCAGAGGUUAUUCCGCAGCCAACAACUGUGCAUUCCCUAGGGUACACUGCGGCCUCAAUCGGACCCGCUGUCGUUGAGGAAGAGAACACAGCUUCUCGAGAUACCACUCUCGCUCCCGGCGAUGAUGAUGUUACCAGAGCUCCCAUUGAAAGCCAGAAAAGAAAAAGACAGUCCCCGGACAAGACCCCAAGAAAGAAAGCAGCCGACAGUCAUAGAGUACAUGGGAUCGACCAAGACUGUGGGAGCUUGGGUGUAGAUUGUGACCUGGACACGAAGGCGGGAUCUAGGGCAGCUGUAACCGAAGCCUCCAUCAACGCACUCCAUAGUCGGUCAGCCAGCUCCUCGAUAUCAAAAACUGCAGAUUCGUACCCUAACGCCCCAUUGGACCUCUCAGAUCGUUCCAUUUCAAAACUUACAACCUCGGUCUCCGGUCAAAACACCGGUCAAAAUCGAAUUAGAAGCAAAGACGUGAAAAUUCCGAAAGACCAAGAGGCUUUGUUGAACCGUGCGGACUCUUGGCUGCCAGCAGAGCCUGGUCAGCGCGAGCCCACAGCAAACAUACCAAUCUCUUUACUCAAGAAGCUGAAUCGGAAAGCGGACCUCCGUGCUCAACGGCCAACAAAGAUACGGAAUCAAGAAAACGGUUCAAUGACCCCAAGUGCGGUAAUUGACCAAACAGCCGACUCGGAAUCAGAUAUACCUGUAUCCUCAGGACAAUGGCCCCUAUCGCCUGAGCGUGAUCAGCUACCACCGGACAGCAGUUUCGCAAGUGCCGAAUAUUCUGAUCACUCAGUCCAAAAGACAUCAAGUAAUCCUCGCUCGAUCUCGUCUUCACGAAGGCAGUCUCACGCAUCAAGUUCAUCUUAUUCAAUGCCAUUGGGGCGACCAGCUUCGAUAUCAGCAGAGCGUUUUUCUAGAGGAGCAGGAUCUCCUAGCAUGGUGUCUCCUGGUCUUUCAUCACCUAGCGUUACAUCCACUUCAGCUGGCGAAGAGGUCCAUCGAUUCACGUGUCAAGCACCAGGUUGUGACAAGUCAUACAAGAAUUCUAGCGGCCUAAAAUACCAUGUAGAUCGUUACCAUGAUGGCAAUCCAGCCACACCAAGCAAUAGUGGGAGUGCCACUCCUACUGUGCCUGGCGAGUCUACUCCCAUGUUUCCUGGGUUAAAAUCCUGGAGUGAGCGUGACGGAGGGUCUGGACAGAAAGUCGUUGAUAAAUGGGCCAACAAUGAGUCGGAUAGUGUACAAAUCUCAGCUUCGAUGUCACCUUUACUCGGACAGAAUAGUGACUUGCUGCUUGAUGCGCAGCCGGCUCCGGUCCAAUCUGCAGCAACAAAUCCGGCUGAGACCCAUGCUGCCAAGGAAACAUUUUCGCCCUUACUUCCAGCAUCACCGACCCCAGAGUCAGACCUAGAGAUGACAGUCCCACUCGCUCUUAACGAAGAGACCCAUUCCAUUGCAGGUAGCGCGCCGAUGCAACAUUUUCCUUCCACUGCUUCGCAGCCACCGGACCCAUUUACGCAAGUCAAACGUACCCCUUACGUCAAUGGUCGUGCGCACAAUGAAUCACUACCGGGUUCCAGAAUUCUAUCUUCGCCGUUAAAGGCGAACUUUAAUCCUCUUAUGAAUGGCACUAUCAAUGACGAUACUGAAUUUGUGUCGGCAUCAGUCACUUCUGGCCCCGAGACUUCCACCGCUGAGGCUCAUGGUGAAAAUGGAAGCUCUAACAACGUCGAGGACCAAAGUAUUGCAAAGGUUGCUGCGAGGCUUGCGGAAGAAAACAACAGCCAAGAAAUGACCAAUGGCAUUCUCGAGAAACCCAAUGAAAUGAUCGCUGAAGUCCAACAAGAAAGGAGGAAGGCAGAGACAGCGGCAGAUAAGCCAGAUGACGCAUCCUUAAUCAUGACCAAGAGCCAGAGCCAGAGUUCGAGGUGGAAUCACCCAUCCGUGGUCUCCGAAGCCAAUGCAGAAGUUCAAACAGUACCAGAGAAGUCGCCGACACCCGAGGACAAUCACAUAGACCCUCCACCUCAGCUCCCUACGUCUGACCAUGCCACCCACGUCGCUCCUGAGAUGAAGCGCAAAGUUGCAGAUUCGAGCUUUGUAUCCCCAAAUGUGGCCAAGCGACUGAAAAGGUUCAAGGUCCCGUCGGCCUUUAACUUCAUUGAAAGGUCAGAGGUUCCGCGAGAUCCAUCAGAAGGAGCUCGGCAAUACCGUCAGGACUUCUUGGCUUCCAGGAGAAGUAGCGAGAGCAGCACUCCUACGAUGAGCCCCACAGUGUCUUUCAUCACUUUUCCGGGGCCCACGUCAGAAGAUCCACUAGAGCGGUCCCGGCCAGUCCGUCCGGAAUUCUUGGCUUCCAGAAGAAGUAGCGAGACCAGUACUUCCACAAAGAGUCCAAAUAUAAACCUCACCGCACUCACGGGGUCGAUCCGGGCUGACCGGCGCAAUGCAGAAGUGGAAAAGAACGUUGGGAAUGUGACUGUACAAAACCAGUCGAUUGAUACUGAGAUUGAGCGCCAGAAGAAGAUCGAGUUCGAAGAAUUGUCGGCAAGAUCUCCAAUGCAAGAAAUGAAGGAUGCUGCACCGCUUCCGAAUGGUACCACUUCUAUGGAACCAGACGGCGGUGGUACAAAGCCUGGUGCGCAAGAGAAUCCAUCCUUUGAUCCCGAAGCAGACUCUCUCAUGUCCGUUGCGCAGAAUACAGACGUCGAAGGUCCUGACGCAGAGCAGAGCCUGGUGAUGGAGGCAAGCUUCUACGUCUCUACUGAUGAAGCGCAGCGAGCUCAGUCUGUCGAGCUUGAUGUAUCCUUUCAGUCGCCAGACCAGAAGACCGAGAAUGACCUUGCGAACGCAAAUGAUGGCGCAGAUCAGAAUGUCGAGUCAGAGAUUGACCUGACGGUUGCGAGCCAUGGUCAACUGGUGAACACUGAUGAGGACGCUCGGCCGGUGGACUCAAAAUCAGACACAGCCCUCAAAGAUUUACAUCCUCGGGCAGACGAAAUCGCCGAGCAGGGGAGCAAUGCGCCGACACCAGAAGUAAGAUUAGAUCAAGUCGCUGAGCACGACACCGUCACGCUAGAAUCCCUAUAUCAACAAACAUCGUUCAGAGACAAUGCAGACACUCAGGUGUCUGGAAAAACUAUACCGGAGCCUACAUCUCAACAGCAACCAGUCACAGUGGACGCAGACAUACCAAUGCCUGAUGAGAUUGCAACGGAGCGCGCAUCGCAUCAACGGUUUGAAGAAGUAGACACAAACAGUCCGAUGCAUCACGUCUCGGUCAAUCAUGACAUCACGCCCUUGAAAUUUAUUGCUCACACGGACGAGCCCAUGAAACAAACCACGUCUCUAUCUAUUGCCGUCCCGGUCUUCGCCGCUGAGUCUGAUAGAGAUAUUCAACCACAUCUUUCUCCUGCGGCCGUUGAACCUGUUGUCCCACUAAGCACCCCUAUGUCAGAUCUCGAAGUGAAAUCAGUCGAAGAGCACCAGAGCGCAAUACAGCUGCCGAUUCAAAUCACUAAGCAGGAAUAUUCCGCACCUCGUAACAUUUUCGAUAUUUUCAAAGCAACGUAUCCCUCCUACCCUGGAGACAUCAAUCAUUUCGCGGCUAUAUGCAGAAAAAUCAGCCAGCUCGUAAAAGCCAAUCGAAUGGAGCAUCAAUCUCUGUGGGAUGACUUCAUCGUCAGACACAAGCUCGAAUAUCCCCAGUACCUUCGACGAUGUGCCGAAGAAGCAGAGGAUGCCGUACCUUACGAAGAAUUCUACCAAACUGAAAUUGAGGCGCCUCAGUAUCAAAACCGUGUCAUCAAUCGACGAAGCCUAGAUGAAGCACUCGCUAUCGUCGCACGGAAGCCUAGUGCUGAUAGGGUGCACGUCGAGCCUAUGAAGGAAGAUGAGCUUCGCGUUGAGCUGGUGGAGCAUAUUUUCACUUCCAAGACAGACCCCGCUAUUGAGAAGAUGCAUUAUGAAUAUGCACCUGCCAACGAUGAUAGGCCACUGGAGCUGGUAGGAACCAAAUCCGCACCGAAGCCGGCGAGCUCUGAUGAAACUCAGCGGAAGCCGUCCGAAUCGCGGGUCAUUAUUGAUCUCACAGCGGACGAUCCGCCAGACGAGCAGGCCAAGAGGACAAAGCAAGGAGAAAUACUGCCCCAAUCGAGUGUUCCACAUCUAGUCAACGGUGUGUCUGGUGCGCCACGACCGUUGCAGUAUCGUCGAGAUAGCUCCGGCAGCCUACAACAGGUGCCCUAUACUCCUCCUACAACGCGAGGCUCGUAUAAGCCUCCACUUCCACAAUCAAUUCGAUCACCGCUUGUACCCGCCACGACCUCAAUCCAAAACACUACCAAGAGCAAUCGGCGAUCUCUACUUUGGAAAGAGUCUGAUCAUGAUGUCCAUCAGAGCUCACCGAACGCAACCACAACCAACUCUCCGGAACGACUCCCUGCUUCAGAGCUGCGAGAGGUCCACGUCGGAGGAUUCAGCAACGCCCGCUUACCACUCUCGGCAAAGUCGACCCCCAAGGACGCGAAGCAGAACCAAGGUUUGCUAAACACCUGCCACAGAGUGAUUCAGUCCAAUUGGGGGAUCAGGGCCUAUGAGUUGCUAGAGCUGGAAUACUUUCGUGGGCAAGUAUUUUCAGAGACCAUGAUCGAGCUGCUGGCCGAAAUUGCGAGCAAAGUCAAUGUUCGUGAGGCGCGCAAUCGAAUAAAGGAUGCCAUAGAUACUCGCGUUCGGGAUAACGCUUGGCGAGGCGCCGAUCAUCCGAGUCAAGAUCGGAAGAUAUUGAGGUCAGAUCUCGAGGCGGUGAGAGGCGUUGUUGAAACCUCGAGUAUGAGCACCACGAGUCCCUUUUCUCCACCUCAUACUAAUGCGGCGGCGGAAAAGCAAGACGAAGGUACGCCGUCUAAAUGGUGGGACGACGAGAGUUCACCAUAUAGAAGCUUCGUCAGAGCUUACACUUCGAUCCGGCAGGGUAACGGCAACAGCUUUGCCAAAGCCAACCGGGCGGAGCCAGCAGAUGCCGAGAAAGUAUACAAAGCUGCAAGUAGUGGUGUUCAGCCGAAGAAGAUCGAUAUCAUGAGAUGGAACUUGUAG